AUGACGAGUGAGAGCGGUGAUCAAGACAAUAAUGAGGCUACAUGUACGCGGCGCAACUCACUGUUGACAGUGCCUGCUUGGGAUGGAACGACGGAGUAUCAUGUGGUGCUGCGGAGGCAGACGGUGUGGUCGCAACUGAUGAUGAAUGUGGUGAAUCAUGUCCUGGGGGAUGACAGCCAAUGUGACAAGGAGGAUGCCCCUGGUAUGGACAGGACUGGUACUAGUAGCAGUAGUAGUACUUCUGACUACAUGUAUGACAAUCGUCGUGUCCACAACUACAACUACUUGAAUGACGCUGUGAGUUGUACGACGCAAGAACGACGUUCAUUGUUGUUGGCGGAUGAGAGCGAAUCGAGUGCUUUGUCUUACUACAGUAGCUGCAGCAGUAACACAUCCUUAUUCUCGUUUGUGCUACCGAACGAUUUGCUCUUGGAAGCCGAUUCCGAACGACUCCUUGAUCAACAGCAACAAGGAGCUCAUUGUCGACGACAGCAACGACGUCGUCCUGGAUGUUACACGCCCGACAAAUUGACGGCACGAUUUGCAAACGACUUGGAAGCGUUGGCCAUGGGACUCGAAACGGCAUUUGAUUCUUGGAAUUUGCACAACAGCCAAGAACUAUCUUUCAUUGGAGAAGCACCGGAGGAAACUGGAACAGACGCUACCAAUGAUGAAGACUGUGGCACUCUACUCUCCACCGUAUCCUUGGAGAGUACUACCGGAACUGGUAUGGGUACGGAGGAUUCUCCUGUGGAAGAUGAGACCAGUUCCAGUUGUUCUGCUUCCACUUAUAUUGGUAUGAUUCAGGAGGAGGGCAAUAUUAUGGAGACACCGCAAACCACCAAGACAAACAGCACGUGCACAGAACCCUUUGAUGACAGCUACGACGAGCUACCCUUCAACAACCCCUUGCAAGAGUUCUGGUAUUACUACUGUAUCGCCAUUACCGAUCUCAGAGCAAAGCACAACAGCGUAAACACAAACCUUCAGCCGUCCACACGAAAGGAUGGAUAG